AUGGAUUCUCUUGUGAUAACAAUUUCACUUGUUUUUGCAAUUUUAGCUUCCCUUCUUGUAGAGUCAUCAGCUCAUAAUCAUAGUGAUGAUGGCUAUACCCUCGCCACGGCAACACUAAAUCCAAUUGAUGCUUGCUGGCGAAAAAACCCAAAAUGGUCGACUAACCGUCAAGCAUUAGCACAUUGCGCGGUCGGGUUUGGGAAAGCUGCGUUAGGUGGCAAAGCCGGUGCCAUAUACGUGGUUACAAGCCCAUUAGACGACCCUGUAAAACCUAAACCUGGAACCCUAAGAUUUGGAGUGAUCCAAUCAAAACCUCUAUGGAUCACAUUCGCACGUAGCAUGGUGAUAGUUUUGAAAGUCGAGCUCUCGGUGAACAGCUACAAGACGAUUGAUGGAAGAGGUGCAAAAGUUGAAAUUGCUAAUGGGCCAUGCGUAAGGAUGAGACUUGUGAAGCAUGUCAUUAUACAUGGGAUAAGUAUACAUGAUUGUAAACCUGGUCCAAAGGAAGGACCUGAUGGUGACGCAAUCCGAGUUUUUCAAUCUUCACAUAUUUGGAUCGAUCAUUGUUUCCUUUCUCGGAGUCAAGAUGGUUUGAUCGAUGUGAUUAGUUCUUCCACGGCUGUCACUAUUUCUAAUAACAAAUUCACGAAUCACGAUAAAGUUAUAUUACUCGGACAUGAUGACAAGUUUACGGGAGAUAAGGUCAUGAAAGUUACUGUUGCAUUCAACUAUUUCGGACCAGGUCUCAUUGAGAGAAUGCCUAGGGUAAGGAGAGGGUACGCACAUGUAGCAAAUAAUAGAUACGAUAAAUGGAAAAUGUAUGCCAUUGGUGGAAGUGCUGAUCCAAUUAUCUUUAGUGAAGGAAACUAUUUCGUUGCUCCCGACAACAAAAACGCUAAAGAGGUGACAAAGAGAGUUGGUAGUGCAGCUGAGAUUAAAAAAUGGAAAUGGGGUACUUCUAAAGACGUUUUCUUGAACGGAGCUUUCUUCGUGCCGUCCGGCGGACCAGCAGUCAAGCCGGCGUACGCAAAAGGAGAGGCGUUUCCGGUGGCUCCCGGCUCUCUCGUCCCUUCUCUUACCGCCUCCGCCGGUCCUCUCAAUUGCGUCGUCGGCAAAAUAUGCUAA